AUGACCAUAUAAUCCUAAUUAUGAAUCGACAAUUAGAACUUGGUUGUUGAGAAUGAUUCUCUCUCCAGGCUCCUACCGCUAUCAUAAGAUGUUGAGAGGAGAGUCUUUACAUGGACUUGGUGCCUGCUCAAUUAUAUAAUAUUAGAGCAAUGGUAGUUGGUGGGCGAAGGAAUACUGUCUGCUUUCUUGCUACCUUUCUAUCUCUGUUUAUAAUGUCAUUGCUUCUGACAAAUGUUGAAGCUUUUGGUUAUCCAUCAACCGUGAUGCCAUCCGUCUCUUGGACUAACGUCGUCCCAACUGACUUCAGUUUUUGGGAAUCAGCAGGGGUGAGACCUAUCUUGGUUAAUGGGAGUUUUGUUUGUGGCUUCCACUGCAAAUUUGAAGGAACUGCCUGCCUCUUUGCUAUUUCUAUCUUCCCAUCUAGUCUUGAUAGCAACUCCAGCUUUUCUACACAAAUGGUAUGGUCUGCUAAUCGAAACAAGCCGAUUGGACUUGGGGCAAAAUUGCAAUUUUCUCAAGAAGGGGAUUUAACACUGGAAGAUGAUCAUGACACUCUGGUUUGGUCUACAAACACAAUAGGUAAAUUUGUUUUAGGAAUGAAGUUAACUCAUCAGGGUAACCUUAUACUGUUUGAUGGAAACAAUAAGACAGUUUGGCAGUCUUUUGAUCAUCCAACAGAUUGUUUAGUUCUCGGACAGAGGCUUGUUUCUGGGCAGAAACUGAAAGCUAAUAUGUCAUCCACAGAUUGGACAGAGGGUUUAUAUUCAUUUUCAAUUAAUAGUUCUAAUGGUUAUUUUGUUGCUUCUAUAGGGUCAAAUGCCACCCUAGACUAUUACCAAUCCUAUGGGUCUCAAAGAAACAAAAGGUCGCAGUUUUAUGCUAUAUUCAGUGACAAUAAAUUUGGUCCUUUCAAUUUUCUACGGGCUGGAGUUAGUUUUAUACAAUUAGGAUCUGAUGGGCACUUAAGGUAUUUUAGUUGGGUAGAAUCAGAAUGGAAGGAAGUCGAUGAUUUGUUUAAGGAUGAACUCAAUCAAUGUGAUUAUCCGCUGGUGUGCGGAGAAUAUGGAAUUUGUUCAAUGGGAGGAGGAUGCAAUUGCCCAGAACCAGAUGAAAACAAUAUAGCGCACUUCAAGAUGAUUAAUUUUGAUAAUCCAGAUCUUGGUUGUUCUCCUAAUGUACCAAUAUCUUGUGAGUCUUCUUCCCAUGAAAGCCUUCUGGAGAUCAAGCAUGUUUCUCUCUCUACUAGCUACCUUCCAGAUAAUUCUAAUAUAACAGACAUCGAGAGCUGCAAGCAAGCCUGUUUAAACAACUGUUCUUGCAAGUAUGUUGUUUUUCGAAGUUAUAAUCCUAUGUUUGGACAAUCCUUGUGCUUCUUUGGAUCUGAAGCUUUGUCAUUCAAAAGAGAAGGGGAUACAUAUUACAAUUCCUUUGUGUUUUUAAAGGUACAGAGCUCAAUCGUACCAAAUCCACAAAGGAAUCUUUCAUCACCAGCUCAUUUUCCACAAACAAAGAAAAGACAGAAUGUGGGAGUUAUACUUGCAAUAAUUCUUGGAGCCACUUUUAUUGGGUUUCUUAUCUUCACUGUCUUUUUACUAAAAAUUAAAAAGGAUCCAAAGGACGUUGAGGAGGAUUAUCUGGGUCACAUCUCAGGAACACCCACGAGAUUCUCUUAUGAAGAGUUAAAGGUUGCAACCAACAACUUUAGCAACAAGCUAGGUGAGGGAGGAUUCGGUUGUGUUUUUCAAGGAACAUUACCCUGUGGUGCUCAAAUUGCAGUGAAAUGCCUUGAUGGUUUUGGUCCUGUAAAGAAGUCAUUUAUAGCUGAGGUUGAGACCAUAGGAAGCAUUCACCAUUUCAACUUGGUGCGACUGGUUGGGUUCUGUGCUGAGAAAUCACAUAUGCUUUUGGUUUAUGAGUACAUGUGUAACGGGUCCUUGGAUCAAUGGAUCUUCUGCAGAGACAAAGCACUUGCUCUUGGUUGGCAAUGCAGAAGGAAGAUCAUUCUAGAGAUAGCCAAUGGUCUAGCAUAUCUUCAUGGGGGAUGCAGGCAGAAAAUAAUUCACUUGGAUAUCAAACCCCAAAACAUCCUUUUGGAUGAAAAUUUCAAUGCCAAGGUUUCUGAUUUCGGGUUGUCUAAGCUAGUAGGGAGAGAGCAAAGCCAAGUUGUGACGACAAUGAGGGGAACACCGGGUUAUAUGGCCCCAGAAUGGUUGAACUCAGUAAUCACAGAAAAAGUAGAUGUAUAUAGCUUUGGCAUUGUUGUUCUAGAAAUUUUAUGUGGUAGAAAAAAUGUUGACAGAUCUCUGCCGGAAGAGGAUGCUCAUUUGGUAAGCCUUUUUAAGAGAAAGGUUGAGGACGGUCAAUUUCUGGAUCUAGUGGAUAAGUACAAUGAGGAGAUGCAAUCAAAUGCAGUAGAGGUAGUAGAGAUGAUGAAAGUUGCGGCUUGGUGUUUGCAAGGUGAAUAUGCUAAGAGGCCUUCAAUGUCCAUUAUGGUGAAGUUCCUAGAGGGCAAAAUGGAUGAUGAAAACGAAUAUGAUUUCUCAAAUCCACCACCACCACCGGCAGAAGUUGAAACUCACGGACACCAAAUGGAUGCAGCUGCAAUUACUGCCUCUCCAUUAAUUCCAUCUAUUUUAUCUGGUCCAAGGUGAUGAUAUGGGGGAAGAGGAGCUAACACGUGCUGCAAUGUGUUUGCUCGAUCAACUUCAUUUCUUCCUUCCAAAUGCUAAGCAAUUGAGAAAGACUUGACCACUCAAUUAGCAGAUCCAGGGUUAGAGAUUGACGCUGAGAGAGAAACCGAUGGAUAAGCUAAUUUCUUUCCUUGUGUGUGUGGUUUUUUUGUUUUUUUUGGGUCCAUUACAAAUUUGUCAUUUUACAUUGAACGGAAAACAGUUGCAGCACUUCUGUUUUAAUUUCUGUGUGUAAUGUAAUACUAUUAACUACUUCAGCUUCAUACUGGUGUUACACCUC